CUCCCGGGGCGCAGGGAGGGCAGGGCACGGAGUCAGGGCAGGAUCCGGCCUGGCCCGGCCAGGCUCGCUGCUGCUGCUGCUGCAGAGCCCGGGCUGAGGUUUGGGCAACCUCUCCGGGACUGCCGGCGGGAGGAGAGCGAGGAGCCACCGCCAGGCUCCUCCUUGCCAAGUGCUGAAUCAGGCAGCUACUGGCCGGGGCCGGCUACCCGGGCCCUCACCUGGAGGGAAAUGGGGAGGCCGAGGGGGCUCGGGAGUUUUUCCUGUGGCCUUAAAGGUCGAGUGCGUGGGGGAUGUACACGCAGCCACCCGUGGCGUGGGCGUCGGGGUUUAUCGGGUCGGUGUUUCAGGCAGAUAAACCAUCGCUCAGCCUCCUAACUCGCGUGUAAAUAGACGCACCACAGAACAAAGAGCAGAAACAUUUAAUUGAUGGAAGACAGAUUCUCCCUAAAGAGAAAAAAAGAGAGAGAGAGAAAGGGAGGCUUAAUGCAAACUCCGCAGUUCCUAUUUUCACGGCUCUUGUCUGACCUAUAAAACAGGUUAUUACAUUACUGCAGGCGACCGCUGAAACGCCCGAAAGCAAGAAGAGGGGUUUCUCCCCACCCCCCCCAGCCCGACUUUCCCCGAGCAAUAGAUCCCCUUUCCGUAAUCCACAGCCGAACCACCUAAAAGUCUGUCAGUCGCAAAAUUGCGUGGUAGAAAAUCCCUAAUGGAUGCCACAUGGGCGAUGCUGCGAUGCUCCCGCCGGCCGCGCCGCGGAGCGCCCGGAGCCCCGCGCAGGCACCGCGCACCGCGGGGGGAGCCGGAGGGGAGGGAGAGGGCGAAAGAAAAGCCCUAAAAAGCGAGGAAGGCUGCUCGACGCCGUGACAGGUUGGAGGGGGUGGGUUUUUAUCCCCGGGGAUGGAGGGGGAGGGAAAGGGAACGGCUUCCCGAGGAGGCAGCACUCCCUCCUCCGUGCCGGGGGAUGCGGAGAUGCCCGGGCAGGGUGCGGUGGGGCUCCCCCGGGGUUUAUUCCCCGCUGUCCUCGGCUGGGUCAGCUCUGGGUGCUUGUGCUGGGGGGGUCUGCCGCGGGUGGGAGAGCUCCAGGAGUGCGGGCAGCGUCAGGAAGCCUCGGGCCGGGGCAGCCGGGGCUGCCGUGUGUCUGUGUGUGUGUGUGUGUGUGUGUGUCAGGCCCUGCGGCUCAGCCCUGGAGCCGCUCGGCACCCACAGGAAUGUGGCUCCUCUCGGCUCCCCGAGCUGCCCCGGCUCCACAUGGAAGUAGCCGCCAGGAAAAGAGAAGGGAGGGGAAGAGAGAGAGGGGGGGAAAAAAAAAAAAAAAAAAAAAAAAAAAAAAAGAAAAAGCCCCGAGCCAGCAAUCCGCUGAGCCCAAACCCAGCGUCAGACAAAGGACAGUUCAUCCCAUCCCCUUCCCGGGGAGGCCCAGACAAGCCAGGCUCCCCUCCGGCCGCUGCCGGAGCCCCGGGGUGCGCCUGGCCGGGGGCAGGCGCCGGGGGGAGCGGGGCGGGGGGGCCCGGAGCAUCCCCAGGGGCUGCCGGCCGGACACUUCGCGUGUGCUAGCCGGGUCUGGCUGCCCUCCCCCGGGACGCCGUGCCAGGCUCCUGCCCCUCCAAAUGGGAAGAAAUUAAUGGUGGAGAGAGGGAACCGAGCCGAGGCUGGAGGGGGGCAAGGGGAGCAGUGCCGGAGCCGGGGCUCCCCGGAGGGGCAAAUCCAGCUCUGCCCGCAUCCCGCUGCCCCGCAGCCCUUCCGGCACUCCCUGCCCCUGCAGGUUACAAGAG